GCCCCCUCAGAGUCCUGGUUUCCUUCUCAUAAGAACGAUGUUAGCAGAGUUUCUUUCCACCUUGGUAUUUGGCAGACAUUUCUUUAUUCACUUUUAUACACUGGUGAUAGUACAGAAAUGGAGGGGGGAUACAGACCUUAAAUAGGGGUGAGGGGAGGGACAGAUACACUCCCAACUAGGUGUGAUCCAGUGUGAUAAACAGAGUAAUUACAGAAUAUCCAGGAUGUCCUGGUAGCACGUAGUGGAAUUCGGGGUAGUGGGGUGGCAUUUAGAAAGGUUGCACACAGGAGGAGGCAUUGGAGGUAUGAUUUUAGAGUCACCAUGUGUGGAGGCACAGAGCCAAGAGAAGGCACCAGUCACAUUGGGGAAUGAGGAGUUACUCAAUAUGCCCGCACUGUAAGGGUCAUCAGGAGAAGCAAGAGCCAAGUAAUGAAGGCCCUUGGGCGGCAUGCUGAGAAGUGUGGGCUUUUGUUGAUGGCGGGCAUUUUAUAGACCAAAAUGAGUGGUUUUGGGACUCUUCUAGAAAGAGAACCUCAGCUCUUUGGAGAUACUCUUAAUUCCCUGGGUCUUAACGGAGGCAAAAUUCUGGAGAAUAGCAGCACCGCUAAAUGAAGAAUCAGCAGGAGUGGCGCUGAAGCCAGCCUUCUCCCCUCACUGUGGCCAAGAGGCUGUCUCUUGCAUGCCCGGGGACCACAGAGAUGGAAAAGAACUGGCCAUUUUCAGAGUCCCAAAUCUUCCUCUUAGAUUCCUGAUUGGGCUGUUUACCUUUUCAAAUCCUUUUGAGAGGAGGUGGUUUUCCUCCAGAUUUCUUUCCAAGUUCCCUCAGGGCCAUGUUUGGGGUUCUGGGAAAUGGAAAUAUACCCUGCUGCUUCCUUUUACUGCACCCUCCCAAUUUGAGCUAGAGAAGCUGUGUACUGUGCUGGCGGGAGUCGAGCACAGCUGCCACCAUCGUCUGGGCUGACUCCACUCCUCCCUCGGCCAACAGGUCUCCCAGCGGACAGUGCACUAAGCUCCCUCAUCCUGCUAGCGGCUUCAGGAAGCAGGGAAGUGGCUGGGUACCAGUGAGGGGACUGAACAGGGAGGCAGAGGUUGUGGGCAGAAUUAAGGGCUUGGGGUGGGCAAGAAAGAAAGCUAUAAGAUGCAGGACCUUUGAUACUCCAGUCUCCUUGCCUCAGGAAGAAUCCUCAACACAAGCUCGUUUUCUGCCUUCCCCACUUCACACACACACCCAAAUAUAAAACCAAAAAGUGGGGCUCUUUUCAUGGCUCUUUGGGAAGCCAGGCUCUGCAGAAGGAUUACAGGCCCCCAGAUGACCUACUGGGUCUUCCUUUCUGGGGCUGUGGUCCAGCUCCUCACCAGGUACCGCCUGUGCCCUAGAAACCACAUGGAAAUGGCUGGUAGGAUGUCAGGGCCUCAGAGUGUAACUCCUCAGCCUGCCUCUAGCUUGCUCACCUCUGCCUUCUGACAUUUAUCUCUCAGUCCCUCCCUUUCCCACAGGGCUUCCCUUCCUUCCUACUUUGACCCACUGAUAGCUCACAUUGCUCCCUCUCUCCCACCAAGCCCCUGCAGAAAGUUGAGUAAUGGAUCACCCUGCUCCAGGACCCAGCCUCUCUACCUCCUUUGACACCUUGUUCCUCAACACUGAUGACUUUCCUAUUAGCUAGCGUCUCUCCCCAGCUUCUCUGAGUGAAGAGUUUACUCUUUUGUCUCCCACAUCUGGGUCACUGCUCCCAAAUGCCCAUCCUGGGAGGACAUUUUUCAUUCAGAGUUCGGUGUUCUAUACCAAGAUCCCACCCUAUUCAGUAGGACUUUGUUUAUUCCAGGGACCAUAUAAGAAGACCUUAGAAAUUAUAUACAUGGCUCGUGUGGCUCACCUAAGGUCACACAGCAAAUUAGAGCUGAGAUUAGAACAUUUCUUAUAUCCGCACUGGCAGCUGCAGUAGUAAUAAACAUUUAUUGAGUGUGGUUAUGGGUGAGGCACUGUCCUGGUAUAAAAGGGUAGGAGAUAGGCCACCUUCUCUCAGAGACUGAAGACCUAAAGUCUAGAUGGCAGGAUGAGACAUGACACAAGAAAACCAGGCGAGGCAGCAUACAUCUGUGCAAAACGACAUCAGCGCUGUAAACUGUUCUACCCAAGUCCAGAGGGUGGAGAGUUUGAGUGAGGCCAGUAAGGAGGAGUUUCCCAUUGUGGGAAGAGCUCAGGCCAGAUUUCCUGGUGUAUCCUGAUGUUCUGUGUGGCUUUAGAAAGGACACUUCCCCUUUUUGGGCCCCAGUGUUCUCAUCUAAGCAAAGGGGAGUCAGGGACUGAUCUCUUAGUUCCCCCUGCCCUGGCUAUGGCUAUGAGGUCUGGUUCUGUGUGACCUCUCUUUCUCCCUUUUAUCUUAAACUCCUCGGGGCAGGGUUGAUUUGAAAGGUUGAUAAUUGAUUAACUUUCUAAGUUUGUGGGGUCAAUUCUAAAGAAUGCAGCCUGAGGGGCACUUGUAGUCCACUGGUCCAGAGACAGUAGGAAUUUAGGGAGAUUGUGGCCUAAUGCGAUAGAAAAGAGGCCUGUCAUUCAGCAUCCCAUUUGCAAAAUAAGCUUGGUAGGAGUUGUGGAAAGUUCUUGGGAAGCAGAGACCCUUGCAAGGUCAGAAUCUAAAUGGGCCUCAGGUCGGAUGUUUCUUCCUUCCUGAAUCCUCACUCAGAAGGUGGAGGAGCUCCCGUACGCCUGCUGUGGAGAAGGGCAGCUGUAACCCCUGUUCCCAGCCGGUGAAAACUUUGAGCAGAAGUGUAGGGGGCAUCUCAGGAGGCCUGAGAUGGUGAUGCAACUGUGAGUAAAUGUUACCAGCCUCUGGCCCAGGCUGGCUGGCUGCUCAGGGGCUUGGGGCUAGGAACUUAGAGUCCUCACUUUCCCCCACUGUCCCAUCAACUGAAGAGAAGUCGAAGAAACUAGAGGGGAAAAAGGAAAAACAUGAAAGAAGGCACCAGGAAAAAGCAAAUUAGAAAUGAGAUAGAGGAAGUAGGGACACCUAGUAGGGCCAAAGGAGGAGAAAGAAGCUGGGAGUGCUGGGAGUGAACCAAGCCUGAGGGAAGAAAGGCCAGGGGGGUGUGGCCUGGAGAGGAGUGGGCCCAGAGCUGCUGGUGACAGAUGGGUGGACACAAAGAAGAGAGCUUCAGGGAAGACAGAUGGAUGGGGGAGGGAAGAGGAGAGGCUGGGGGAGGGUGUGCAGUGGUUGGAGGCCAUAAUGGGAUUGGAGAUGGGCUCUGAGCUGAGAAGAGGUGAGUGGAGAGGAAAGAAGAAAGGGGAGGCUGCCUUAGGAGACAAAGGCAGCAGGGCCUAUGGGGCCAGGGGCAGAAGAGGGCUCAGGGGCCUCGGCACUGAAAAGGGGAGCUUCCAGCCAGGCUGGCAGCAGAGAGUGACAGAUUGUGUAGUAAGCCAGAGUGGAGACCCGCUGUCACCUUCUAGAGGCAUGGAGAGGUGGAGACAGAGAAAGACAGAUUGACAGAGACAGUGGAAGCAGGCAAGGGAAGAACCUCAAAGAUUGUAGAAGAUCUAAGACCUGAAGCUGCUCCCCAAGAACACAUGGGUUCUUCCUGCCCGCCUUGCUCCUGUGACCCAGAGCACAGCACCUCCAGCCAUGGGCCACCCUCAAGAAGGGUCAGGCAGUGUGGCACAGCAAGGGUUAAUGCUGUGUGCUCUCCCUGCCAGCCUGCUUGCCUGGUUGGGUCCCCAGGGCUCCCCGCAUAUGUCACCCCCUCUCCUGCCAAACCCACUGCUUCCCAGCUCCUCAGUCCCUCCCCCCAUCCUCGAGGACUACGUCCAGGCCCCAGGGUCUUCUCUACACACCAACCUCCCUCCCCAACAAUCUACUUCAAGGCUGUGCGGAGAUGAAAAGAGAUUGUACCAAGCUGAAAAAGAGAACACCUGUAAAGAGCAAAAUAACGAUAACCAUAGAGCCAUCCGCAUCACCCCAUCCCCAGACCCUGUUCCUCCUGCCCUCCUUACAGCAACGACCCCCACGAAACUCCAGAGUUCUUCCCCCUGGCUGACCGGGGCUGCCGUCAACCUGAACUGACUUCAGAGCCUCCCCAGCCUCUCUUAAUCAUAAUGCCCCCUAUACGCGUGGAGGAAACUUCUUGCCACCUUAAGGUCCCCGUGCACAAAUGUAAAAGUUGGGGUGAACACUUCACAGUUUACCUGGGACUUUCCUAUACAUGGUAUAACAAAAGCCCUUUUGGGAAGGCAACAUUAUCCCCACUUCACAGAUAACAAAAGCAGACUCAGUCAACGUUAAGUGACUUGUCCAAGGUCAUCAGGACUUGGACCCAGUCUAUUGGCCCCCAGUUCAGUACAAUUAGUGGUUCUUUUCACCACUCCAUACUUUUAGCUCCUCUUUAUCAGAUGAUGUUCUCUUUAGCUACUCCCCUAAGGAUCAAAAGCUAAAUCCCUGAGUGAAGACUUGUGAGGAGGAGAAAGAGGUGGUCCCGGAGCACUCUUGGACUCCCCUUUACCAUCAAACCUCAGCUUGUACUGUGGGCAGCAUGACCUGGGUGCUUCAAGGCUGGAGGUUGCAGGGUCAAAGGAUCUGAGCUAAAAGUUCUAAAAGGAGGGAGAUUGGGAAGAGGAUUUCCUCCUGUUGCUAGGGUGUCUCUGGGUUCUGCUUUUGUUUUCCUCAGUGUCUCACUCUUUGGGAUCAGCAGCAGUCCCUCAUCUCUAUAGAUCUGUUUAUCGUGCCUCCACAUCUUGUCUAGGUUUUUGUUUGUUUGUUUGUUUGUUUGUUUUGGUUCCUCACAACUGUCUGCACUCUGCCUCUCUCAUGUCUGCAUGUCUCUAUCCUGUCUUGGGGCUUUCCUCAGGACUCUCUCCCAGUAUCAGUAUCUGUCCAUCCCUGAACAUCAGUGUUUUUCCACAUCUGUAUUUUGCUCAGGUCUGUGUCUCCUUAAUGGUCUCCUCUUUUCAGGUCUCUCCCAUGUCCCUGCCUCCCCACCAUAUCUUGCACCUCUGAGUCUCCCACAAAGUCUUGGCAACCUGGCAAUUCUGUUCCCAUCAUCAAUCAAUCAAUCAAUUUCAAUCUCUCUCUCUCUCUUUCUCCCCCUCCCCCCUGUCUUUCCCCCCAUUCCCUAUGUCCACCUCCCUGUGACAAGUCUUCCCCAUGUCUGUUAUCCGGUGACUAUUUUCUUAUCUUUUCCUCUCUUUCUGGGUCUUAAUCUCUCUCCAUGUUCUUUUUCCUCUGCUUCUUCAUCUCCCAUUUGUCCAUAUCUCUCCUCUCCUUCAUGGCACGCUCUCCUGAGUCUCUUGGUAUCCCAAUUUCUUGGAUGGGGUGGAGGGCAGAAGAGGGGGAGGUAGAAUUGUUGUAGCUGGGGGCUCAUUAGAUGGAGAUUGGUUUUUAAUCAGCACCAUGGCAAUGAUGAUGCAAGAACUAAGAUGCCACCUGAUCCCCUGCCCCCCACCCCCCUCCUCAAGCCUCCUUUCCCCUCCAGCUCAGCCCAUCUGCUGGCGCCUGGGCACCUGUCUGGGCCUGCCCAGGUGGGAGUUGGCACCUCCCAGACCUGGGAGUGAGGAGGGGUGGGAGAGCUUGGGGAAGAAUCACAGGACUCCCCUUAGGGAACGCCUCACCCUGGAGAAAGCCCAGAAUAGGUUGAUCAAAGCAGGGAAAUGGCAAAUGCCUCCAACAGCCUGAAGGGAGUUUAUGGUCCUACUAAGGUGCUGGCCCUGGUCACAUGCAUUAUCUCAUUUAAUCUCCAUGCCAACCUAAGAAGCAGCUAGAAUUAACCUCAUUUUACAGAAAAGGACAGUUGAGGCUCAAGGAGUUACGUUACUUGUUAGAGAUCACAUAGCCAAAAGGGCCUUCUUCACUGUAGCACACGGUCUCUGGAGUCCUCCCAGCCAUGGUUCCAGGUACUCACAAAGGUUCAGUGAAGACAUUCCACAGCUGAGUAGGGGAGAGAACUUAAGACACUGACACCUGUCCUGCUGCCUCUCUGUACUUCCCUUGGUCCCAGCUCUUGCCACUCUGCAAUGUGCACGUAUGUGCAUGCGUGCGCAUGCACACACACACACACAUACACACACACACAGGAGGGAGGCAGCUGAGCUAUUGAUAUAAACUUAAUUAAUGGCCAUUUGCAUAUAAUUUUCUAUGUAAUUUUCUUAUUGCUCAUUAGAUGGCCCAGCAUAUGCGAAGCUGCCUGGGCUGCCCUGCCCUCCUCUCCCAGUGUCCUUCCAAUACUGGUUCUUUCUCUCUCUUCCACUUUGCUCCUUUUAGCCCUGACUUCUUUCCUCCUAAGACCCCUAAUUCCCAAUGGGUCAGGUUGGGCUGGGCAGCCUAGAAAAGCUCCUCGUGGGAUCUAUGUCAAGAAUUUGAUCCUGCCCCCCACCCGCUGUGAUGGGGUAGGUGAGAGAAUGGGAGCUGGCAUAAGAGGAUGUGGAGUGAUUGAGUCUCAGGGUGAUGAGAGCAGGGCCCUGAACAGCAGCCACAGGCAGCCUGGCAAGGAGACUGUUGGGUAUUAGCAUUAUGAAGGAUGAGAGCUUGGUGAGGGAAAGGACUCUUGGGUCCUGUCCUUCGUUUUAGUGCUGUCCACUUGUGCUUUUCUAGAUUUCUCUGUUAAUACCUUGGAGAGCCUUCUUCCCAUGAAAAAGAAACAUGGGAAGGAGCUGUCAAAGUCAUACUGGGACUCAGAAUGGGCUCAUGGUACUUAAACCGGGCUUCCUAGAGGUCUCUGUUCCUGCUGCCUCUGGUAGGAGAGACUGAGGGGUUCAUCUGUGAUCCUGCCCUGGCUCUCGCCCCAGCCCCACCCCUUCCCCAGCUCUCCAUUUCUUGCUUAUGAAAUAUGCAUGGAGAACAGAUGUCCCUGCUCCCCCACUCCCUGCCCCCCCCCCCAGGGCCAGCCCCUGCCCCCAGCUCCCGGGAGGGUUCGCAGGUCUCUCUGCCAAUGGCUGCCUGGCCUGCCUGUUUAAUAUUGAUGAGGGGGGGAGCCUAGGCCAGCCAAUGGAGAGCUGGGGGUGUGUGUGUGUAUCUCCAUAUAUAUACAUAGGGCUGGGCCAGCUCAGGUGUGUAUGUCUGUGAGUGUGUUCGGGAGUGUGAGUACUGGUGGCUCCAGUACCUGGCCAAGCCCACCCCCUCUGCCUGGGCCCUAUAUCCCCACCAUGUGUGCCCCUCUCAUCUGCCCCGGAGCCUGUCCAGCCACACCACGCUGCCCCUGAGAGCUCUAGAAAGCUGGUCACUAACUUUGCAGAUGGAUGUUUUCUGAGCAGCCAGAGAAGACUGGGGCUGUCAGCGCUGCCCCUGUCCUGCCAGCUUGGAUCCCCUCACAGGGUCCUCCUAGGCUCCUGACUGGAACCCUGACCAUGGAACCCUGAAGUAGCUCUGACUUCUUGAGCUCAGUGGCAGACCCCACCAGCCCAGGCCCUUCCUGCCCCUCCCACAACCAACUUUCAGGCUCCCAGAGGGAGGGGUGGGGAAGGGGUCCUGAUCUCAAAGGGCAGGGGGCUUCCAUCAUGAUGCUCAACUCAGACGCCAUGGAGCUGGACCUGCCUCCCACCCACUCUGAGACGGAGUCAGGCUUCAGCGACUGUGGGGGCGGGGCGGGCCCUGACGGGGCUGGGCCGGGGGGUUCAGGAGGGGGCCAGACCCGGGGCCUGGAGCCUGGAGAGCCUGGACGGAAAGAUCUGCAGCACUUGAGCAGGGAGGAGCGGCGGCGCCGGCGUCGGGCUACAGCCAAGUACCGCACGGCCCACGCCACACGGGAGCGCAUCCGCGUGGAGGCCUUCAAUCUGGCUUUCGCAGAGCUGCGCAAGCUGCUGCCCACGCUGCCCCCCGACAAGAAGCUCUCCAAGAUUGAGAUCCUUCGCCUGGCCAUCUGCUACAUCUCCUACCUGAACCACGUGCUGGACGUCUGAAGUGGCCUCCAUGCGCCCCUCCUCUCCAGGCCUUGCUAGGUCCCU